AAUCUGCGCCCUGCCUGUACGUAUCUUCUGGGGCUCCACACCACACACACCGAAAACCACCGCCAUUUCAGUUUGCCCUCGCAUCCUGAAUUUCUCCCUUCCCACCCCACCGCUCUUGCGAUUUAGUGUGGUCGUCGCUCUCUAGACUUUUUAAUACUCCUUUCUUCUCUUUGUCGACGCGGCGUGCCCAUCCGGACACCUGGACUGCCGACAUCGAUCGCAACCCAGGUCCUCGUCGGUGUCGAGAAGAAGCAAGACUCAAGUCGACUGCACGAGUGGUGGCAGUGCGCUUGGCCCAAGUCAGGAAUAGAAUCCAGUUCCCAUUUUCGCUACCUGUUUCUUGUGAGACGACUUUCUCGUUCCGACAGGAACACCGCGAGUGCUUUUAGCGUGCCGAGCAGCUCUCCUGCCGCCGCCGAGUUCUCCGACCGAGACAUUCACUUGGCCUUGGUCACCGAGCUGGUUAAGCUGCCACGAGGCGUCUGACGACGUUGAGAGAUCAUCGUCUUCUUCGCAAGCCCAACCACACCAGGCACCGCCCAAACUGCUCUGAGGGGACACAUUUGCUUGUUCAUCUCCUCUGACAUCAAUUGUCCUGCCAAUCCUCUUUUCAAAUCGAGACCAGGACUCAAGUUUGGAUCAACAUGGAGGGCAUUCAGACUCAUCCUUCCAACGCGGCUCAGGCGAAGGCCUUCACGGCUCCCGGCUCUCUGUCUUUCCCUGGCGGCCACGGCGAGCUCACGCCUCCCAACGACGUCAACGGACAGAGGCCCGUUGUGAAUGGCGUUCAGCCGGGUGCUCAAGCCGUCAACGGCACUGGGGUGACUCCCGCGACUCCCGCUGCGACGCCUGCUGCUACCCAAACUGGCAGUGGUCUCACCCCCACUCUUCAAAACAUCGUCGCGACUGUGAACUUGGACUGUCGGUUGGAUUUGAAGACCAUCGCUCUUCAUGCUCGCAAUGCGGAGUACAACCCCAAGCGUUUUGCGGCUGUCAUCAUGAGAAUCCGUGAACCGAAGACGACCGCCCUCAUCUUCGCUUCCGGCAAGAUGGUCGUCACCGGUGCCAAGUCGGAAGACGAUUCUAAGCUCGCCUCGAGGAAGUACGCUCGUAUCAUCCAGAAGCUCGGCUUCAACGCGAAGUUUACCGACUUCAAGAUCCAGAACAUUGUCGGCUCGUGUGACAUCAAGUUCCCCAUCCGGCUGGAGGGUCUGGCUUCUCGCCAUCACAACUUCAGUUCUUACGAGCCUGAACUGUUCCCUGGUCUUAUCUACCGCAUGAUCAAGCCGAAGAUUGUGCUCCUCAUCUUCGUCAGCGGCAAGAUUGUCCUGACGGGUGCCAAGGUUCGCGAAGAGAUCUACCAGGCAUUCGAGAUGAUCUACCCCGUGCUCCAAGACUUCCGCAAAGUCUGAGGCACCCGCAGCUCUACGACGAUGAAACUGCAUUACGAUAUUACGACACCUUCCCACCCACGCAACCAUACCACCCAAUACCCCACAACACCGCGCAGGAGGCGGCAGAGGGCAUAUCUGGCUCGUCUCGUCAGCAAUGUCUCUCACCGCAACUUGCUUGUAACAUUUUCUGCUUUCCCAUUUCCCAGCAUUGCAUUGGCGUUCAGAUCGGAGGGGUUCUACAUUGGAGGGGAUUCUAGGCGGACAAAAAUCAUCGGAAAUUCCUCAAUGGCUCUAAACGCAACAUAGAGUUUUCACACCCACAGGUCAGACACACCUGUGGCGUGUUUCGACGACAGGACGGCGCAGGUUGUACGGAUUGUCGUCACCUUAAUGUCCUCGUCCAUGGCGAGUAACAAGCCAGAGGCCGAGGGCGGGUGAGGAUCGGAAGGGUCUGGGGGAUACAGCCCACACCCCACAGGCUGCUUCGAACCAGCCCAUGGCUGUGACUGUUGCUGGUCUCGGGCUUGUCGAGCACCGCGAGUCUGGAAGCGACAGGCCAUCACAGGGGGCAUGUUUUUUUGCAUUCUAUUGCACAGGGGACAGACAGAACGGGUUACGCUCACAGCGGAGUGUUAUGGUCUUCCAUGGCGUCCUUUGUGCGUUUGCCUGUAACUGCACAGGUCAUCUGCCCAUCUGGCGAGGCCCUGUUUUGUCUCUGCGUUGGGUGCCUUGCACCAACGAGAUAGCUUUGAGAAUGCCAUAAAGGAUGCGUUACCUGCGUACGGCCCGUCCCUCUCCACUGCUGUUCAGGCUCGUCGGGAGCCCGUCAUGACGCCUUGGUCAUUUCGUCGCUGAACAACAAGCCUGUUUCACCAGCUCGACUGCCAUCUUGUGUCGAGACAGCAUUCCAAGUGGUGGUGGUUGAGGGUGUGGUGGAGUGGAAAGCCCACUUGGUCUUGAACGCCUCUGGUCGUUCCCCCACGACGCAGUCAACGAUUCGCUCUCCCAAGACAGGGAGGAACUAGCGAUGAUGACUUGUUAGUGCAAGACCAGACAUGCAAACCACCAUGUGACGUAGAGCAAUGAAUGUAGUAGAGUCUACCUUGAAUCCGUGUCCGCUCCCUCCUGUGGCGAUAAAGAGACCGUCCCAGUCGGGAUGGUAGUCGAUGAUGAAAUCACCAGUUGAGGUGUCGUUGUACCAGCAGACCUUGGUUUUCGCAAAAGGUCUGUCGUGGAUCGCAGGCAAUGGAACCAUGUCCUUUAGGGCGGUGCGCAGCACCGCCUUGCUCCUCUCGGGUAUUUCAUGGAAGGCGUCCUCGACGUUCCUUGGCGGCAGGGAGAUGGGGCAAGACGUAGCAGCAGCAUCGUCCUCCGACCGGGCGGCGUCGGAAGGUGAGCGGAGCGGCUUCGCCGUCGUCGGGUUCAGGUAGCCGUACUCGUGCCGCGCAACCUUGAGCACGUUGUUGCGGGGAGGGAUGACGAAGAGGCCGGAGCUGAGGUUCAGGAUGACGGGCUGGGCAGCCAGGGCCGCCUGCUCCUCGUCAGUGAUGUCCAGGUACGCGAGGGUCUGCGCCGUCGCGACCGCGCGCCCGCGCAGGUCUACCAGACCGCCAGUCCACGCCCCCGUCGCCAGGAUGACCAGGUCGGCGGACAUGUCGCGGCCGUCGUCGAGGGUCACGCCCGUGAUCUUGCUGCCCUCGCGUGUGAGGGAGGACGCGGUACCCGAGACGAAGCUGAUGCGGCCCGAGUCCUUGGCGUGGCGGAAUAGCCAUCGCAUCGACUGGUCGGCGUCGGCCCAGCCAGAGGCGCGGUUGAUGUAUCCCCAAACGCCGCUCACGCCGCCGGUGCCGAUUGCCUUGCGGAUGUCGUCCUGCGUGGGCAGCAGUUGGAUCUUGUCCUUCAUUGCCCCAUUACGUUCUGAGAUGGCGACGACGUUUUCCCAGCUCGAUCGACAAUAGUCGGCGCCGGUCUUGUGGGUGGUUGGCUGCUGUAAGGUUGGCGCGCCGUCAGGCUGCGUCGUCGGGUCCCCGUCGGCGACAACGACCAGGCCGCUCUCGCUGUAGCGCCCCUGGCCGCCGAGCUGGUCCUCGCCCGCCUUGCGCCAUUCAACCUGGGCCUCGGCGGCGAGGGCCGCGUAGGCGGGAUCGGCAUAGUCGGCACGUAUUAUGCGGGAGCUGUCGACGCUGGACGCAUCGCGUGAGGGGAAGACGGCCGGGUCCGCCGACCGGUCGAGGACGGUUAUGGGGCAGCCUGAAAAUGCAUGGCGUCUUGCGAGGGCGAGCGCGGUGCCCAGGCCAAAAACGCCGGCGCCGACGAUGAGAAUUGACGAGGAAGAUUUAAAUGUGUGCGGUGGUUUUGAGGAAGAGAAAGAGUCGGUGGCGGGUCUGGACAUGCUGGGAAAAAAAAAAAAAAGGGUUGGAGUGAAAGAAGGUUUGGGGGAUAAAUGCGUAGGAAGUAUAUUAAUAGCAAGCAAGGUUUAGGACGUCCGUGAUCCGUCCGACGGCAGAAAAGGCAAGCCAAGAGGGUCUCCAAGGACAGGCGGUUUCACUUACUACAGCGGUGCAAGACGUCCAAGCUCGGACAGAGAAAGGGAUGUGAAAGGGGCUCGCUCACUCUGGGUAUUUCGCUUGAGGCGGGAAUUGAAUAGGUGUGAGUGAGUAGUGGGCGCUUUUGCCCCAGCCCACGGAAAUAAUGAAGAUGUCUGGCGUGAUUUUUCUUGUUUGUAUUUGUUUUUGACCCCUCCAGGGUCUUUGUGCAUUUGCCAAGAAACCCUUCCAUGAUAAAUGGGAAGACCAGCGUCUGCAGUAAUUUGACGGCGUGUGUCAGAGAGAAUCAUCCAUGGCAUCGUCCCAACGGUCCUCUGCGCGUGAGGUUUGGUGUAUUUUUCGCAGGGCGUCUGUAUGCUCUACAUACUGGGAGUUUGUGAGGAUGGUCGGGUGAAUAGGGAUAAAUCAUGGCCAGGAGGCGACACAAAGAUACCAUAGACAAAUGAUAGAUGCCUAGGUACAUCGGUACCUCACCCGGGUCGGACUUGGAAUCCUCAUCUCAGGAAUGACAGUCGACCCGGUUUGAUUGCUGUAUUUACACUCUGCGGUCUGGCUACUGUAUCUGCUUGGAGCUGAGCUCUGGUAAAUUGAAAAUGUCUCGGACAUGAGACAUAAACUUGACCAAUGCCAGCAUUCAGACUGGCUGCGACAUCUGUGUGUGAUGAAUGCCAUUUGCACAAGUCAAAGCCCGGCGCGACCGGGCAGGCACUAGUGGAGGAAGCACGCACGCACUUUGCCC